GGGCUGCGUUUUGCGGGGUGUCGCGACAGGGGGUGCCGUACGGGGCCAUGGAGUGUCGCGACAGGGCGGUUUUGGGGUGUUUGAGGGGUUUGUUUGGAACGCUGCCUGUUGUCAGGGUGUCGUGGGGGUGUCGGAGUGUUGGGGGGUACUUGGGGAGCUGUGACAGCGGUGUCGGGGUGUAGGUGGAGAGUUUUGGGGAGCUGGGGCGGUGCAGGUCCUGUGCUGGGGGAAUUGUCCCGGCACUGCUGGCAGCCGCUCCCGCAGCACUGGGAGCACUGGGAGCACUGGGAGCACUGGGACGGGAGCACUGGGACAGGAGCAUUGGAGCAGGGGCACUACGGACACCGAGGGGGGUACUGGGGACCACCGCGAGGACUGGGGACACUGGGAGCUCUGUCCCCACACUGUCCCCACUCCGCCCCCCCAUCCCCGUGCCUCAGUUUCCCCCCGCUCGCAGCCCGGGGCGGGGCGGGGGGGUCGCUCUCAGCCCCACCCGCGAUGCCGGGGGUCCCGCUGCCCUUCGUCCUCCUCCUCCUCCUCGCCGGGGCUCCCGCGCAGCCCUUCCCGCGGGACCUGGCGGCUCGCAGCACCGUGGGGCUGGCAGCCACGGCCGCGUACCCGCGCUUCGGGGGGCUCCGGGGGGACAACGGCACGGCCCGGCUCGGCCUGGACUUCCAGCGGAUGCUGCGGCUCAACGGGACGCUCUUCGUGGCUGCCCGGGACCACAUCUACGCCUUCGAUUUGGGGCAGGACAAGGGCACGCUGUACCCGGAGCGGCACCUCACCUGGGAGACGCAGGACAGGGAGAACUGCGCCAUGCGGGGCCGGCGGCAGGACGAGUGUCACAACUACAUCCGGGUGCUGGUGCCCCGCGACGCCGAGACCCUCCUGGCCUGCGGCACCAACGCCUUCAGCCCCCUGUGCCGCACCUACCAGGUGAGCAGCCUGGCACAGCAGGGUGACGAGGUCAGCGGCCAGGCGCGGUGCCCUUUUGACGCCAAGCAAAGCAUCGUGGCUCUCUUUGUCGAUGGCAGCCUGUACUCGGCCACGGUGGCCGAUUUCCAGGCCAGCGAUGCCGUGAUCUACCGCAGCCUGAGCCCCGGGCAGGCUCCCCUGCGCACCCUCAAAUACAGCUCCCGCUGGCUGCAGGAACCCCACUUUGUCCAGGUGCUGCCCUACGGCCCCUAUGUCUACUUCUUCUUCAGGGAGGUGGCAGUGGAGCUCAGCGCCCUGGGCAAGGUGUUGGUGGCCCGGGUGGCCCGGGUGUGCCGCAACGACCGCGGCGGGUCCCCGCGGGUGCUGGAGCGGCGCUGGACGUCCUUCCUGAAGGUGCGGCUGCAGUGCUCCGUGCCUGGCGACACCGUCUUCUACUUCGAUGUCCUGGAGGCCGUGACGCCCCCGCAGACCCUGCACGGGCGCCCCGCUGUCCUCGCCCUCUUUGGCACCCAACCCAACAGCAUCCCCGGCUCGGCCGUCUGCGCCUUCUACCUGGCAGACGUGGAGCGAUCGUUCGAGGGUCCCUUCGCCGAGCUCCGCGGGGCCACCUGGACCGCGGUGCCAGAGGACAGGGUCCCUCAGCCCAGGCCGGGCUGCUGUGCCGGGAUGGGACCCGCUGCUGGCAUUGUCACCUCUGGGGACUUCCCUGACGAGACGCUGGUGUUCGCCAAGGAGCACCCGCUGCUGCACGGCUCCGUGAGCCCCGCGGGAGGGCGGCCCCUCUUCACCCGCACCGGCACCAGGCUGACCCAGCUGGCCGCGGACACGGGCGCGGGGCCCCGCGGGGACCAGACCGUGCUGUUCCUGGGUGCCGAGGACGGGCGGGUGCUGAAGGUCCUGGCAGCUGCACAGAGCCCCGAGGGCACCCAGCCCCGCGGGGGCACCGCGGCACCGGGGGACCCCCGAGAGCCGGGGGACAGCGGGGACAGCAGUGCCCAGGCGCUGCUGCUGGAGGACAUCAGCCUCUACGACCCCGCGCGGUGCCGCAGCCCGCGGGGGGCCGGGGUCCCCAGCCGGGUGCUGGGGCUGGAGCUGCACCUGCCGGGCCGGGAGCUGCUCGUGGCCUUCGCCGGCUGCCUGCUGCGGCUGCCCCUGAGCCGCUGCGCCCGCCACAGCUCCUGCCGAGGGAGCUGCCUGGCUGCCCAGGACCCCUAUUGUGUCUGGGUGCCCUCCAGGGGCUGCGUCCCCUUUUCCGAGGACCUUCCGAGUGGCUUCCAGCAGGACUUGGAGGGAUCCCUCGGGAUCAGUGGGACCUGCCAAGGGGCUGCCCGGGACAGUGACGAGGACGGGGACCUGGCCCACGGGGUGCGGCACCCCGGGCCGGCGCCCGAAGCCACGGUGCCGGUGCCGGUUCUGGUGGGCUGCGUGCUGGGCGCCUUCGCACUGGGAGCCCUGGCCACCGGGCUGGUGACCACUUGCUGCCAGCGCCCCGCCGUCCCCAAGGCGCCCCCGGAGCCGCCGUGCGCCCCGCGGACCCCGGCCCAGCCGCCCGUGCCCCGCCUGGAGGAGGUUCUGCAGCGGCUCCAGGGGGGCUCGGGGUGGCCCGGGACCCCGCCGGGCAGCGGCUCCUUCACCAACCGGGUGCUGCCGCGCUCGGCGGGCCCCGGGCCCCCGUUCGGCCCCCACGACCGGGCCCCGGUGCGGGUGGACGUGCCCCCCGACAGCCCCCCGGCGCCGCGGCGGCCGCUGGCGCAGAGCCACUCUCUGGGGGGGGUCCCGGUGAGCCCCCCGGGGCCGGCGCGGGGUCUGACCCGCAUGCACUCGCUGGGGACCCCGGGGGGCUCGGCCUGGGCCCCCCGGCCCGGAGCCCUGGAGCGCUCGCUGUCCGUGAAGCCGCCGCUGCUCCCCAAGCCGCUGCUGCUGCCCGCGGCCCCGGGGCGGCCCUGA